UUUGCUACAGGGAAGUAGUAGAUCUUGAGAAGUUGCUACUUAAACAGUGCUACAGUGAUUUACUUUGUGAAUAUUCAUUUAGAAUUUAAAAUAGGAUAGAUAUUAAUAGAUAUCAGCAUAGUUUUAUGGUGAUAAAGUGAACGGUUGUGUAAUAAUAUUUGAAAGAAUCUGGGAUGAAACGGUUUCAAAGAAACCGCAAAGUGUGAUGAAAACUGCCAAACUUGCGAUUAAAAUGGUCAUGUUUGUUAUUCUUGAAAGUCGUUACGAAGAGAAUUUAUGAGUUACGGGAAAAUUAUCAAUUCACAGUCAAACAAGUAAUAUAAUCAAGACCUGUUCCAUAUCGUCGGUGCCAAAAAUACAAAAAGUAACAAAAUUUAUUCAACAUCAGUGCAGCAUGAAGAUUGGAUGAUCAACAGAUAAUCCGCAACCAAACCAACAAUGGUGAAUCUUCGUUCCGUUCUACACCGCGGCAUUCUGUGGUUGACGCGUCUUUCCGGUAUUCUGUCACGACCCGGCUUCGUUAUGGAACUUCUAGUGGAUUAUUGCAAAUUUUCUCUUAUAUCAGUACAUCUCCCUGGAUUGUUGUGAAACCUGACUGGCCUGGAGAGCGGCGCCGCCGUGUCCACCAGCACGGAGUCCUGCGUGUUGAUGUUGACGGGCGACUGCUUGCUGCCGCGGCUCGCGGGGAACAGCUCCUUCCACAUGUGGGGCCCUGCAGCAGCCACCGCUCUCUCACAGUUUUGCGACUCUGGACGGAGGUUGUUUGUAUCGUGGCGUGCCGGAGGCCGCCCCGAUGGCGGGCGAUUCGCUGGGCGUUCGCGGCAGCGCCGCUGCUGCUGCUGCUGCUGCUCCUGGGCUACAGCCCGCUCGCCGCCCAUGCCGCAGCCGCUUUACCAAUUGACUCCAGAGAGGACACAGGUGUGGUUGCGCUUGGGGAUACUCACUACGGCUAUGAGAAAGAGAAUGGUCACAGUGUUGUAUUUUUUGUAUUAAAAUUGACUCAGAGAACUGACAACGUAAUUGAAAUAUA